AUGCGGGCUACCGUCUAAUCCCCUGAAUCUAAUGUAUAUAUGUAUGGCACCGCGUAUACUUAUCCUUGAUUAGAGCUGAAACUCAAAGUGUGUAUGAAUGUUGUGUGGAAACGCGUAGAAAUUGCUUUCUGCCAGAGUCAACUGGUUUCGACGUGCAACUUCAGCAGAACUUCUACCUAUGCUGAAUGAAAAUUGUAAAUCUGAAUUAAUACACUUCAUUGUUCAGAUUUUCAAAUGUGAGGUAAUUUUGAGCAUGAUGUGGUUAGAACGUGAGAAAAUCUGAAUCUGAGAGGAAUCGUAGGAAACAUCCUUAUUAUAGUUUUUCGAAAUGUAGCCAAUUCUUUCCUCUAGACCAUUCAACAUGUUUAUCGUUAUGUAUGAUGGGCAAAAAAAAAUGUAACUUAAUCAUAUUUCAUUCUUGUUAACUGGAAGUUAUCAUAUUAACUUCCGCCACAAUAUAUUGAAAAUACCUAUAUUCCGCACUACCUUUGUUGUCUAAACAAAAAACGCCAAUGAUAAUAAUUCGAUAUACAAUCACUUCAAUGAUUAAAACAUGAAAAACUCCAAGAUAACAUUGGAAAAAUAUCGAAAAGAUAAAUUUUUGUUAUUCCCGUUUCUGUCUCUUUGAAUUAUGCAGUUGUGAAAAGAAGUGUUGUUCAGUAAGUUUAAAAAAUGGAUCCAAAUUUUCAUGUGAUAUCAGCGACCUUCAAUCACACAUUCACCAAAUUCAGUCAAAUUCGUAAAAUCACCCAAUCACCAGCUUGCUGGAUCCAAAAUUUGCCUUGGAAAAUCUUCAUAGAACCAGGUUUUCGCGAUAAGAAGAAAUAUUUAUCCAUCUAUGUUGGCUGCGCUGCUGCAAUUACAACAAACCCCUGGUCAUGCCGGGCUUCUGUUAGGCUGUACAAACUUGAUGGUACCAGGCCGAAAACCGUAAGAACAACGAAAUUUUUCGUUUUUGAUAGUGAAGCUUCUACCAGUUGGGGCCAUGACAACUUCAUAUUAUGGGACACUGUACUCAAUCCAGCGAAUGGAUUUAUCAAGAAUGAUAGCAUCACUAUUGAAGUAAGCAUUGAUGCAGAAGUUCCAGUGGGUAUUAAGUUAACACCAACGUAUUUCACUGAUGAGAGAGCCAAUACUGCGAUAAAGCUGUGUGACCAGACAAUCGCAAGUCUUCAAUUGGAAAUUCAACAACUUAGGAAUCAGAAAGCAACUUUAAAAAAGGCUUCAACUGAAGAAAUCCAAGAAAUCAGAAAUAUUUUGAGAGUUUCAGAAAAACAAUACAAAGAUGAACAUGAAGUGAACAACCAACUCAAAAAGUCUAUAAAUGCCAAUGAAAUCGCCUUGAAAUCAGAGAAAGACAACAACGAUACUUUAGAAAAAGUUCUGAAUGAGAAAAAUGCUGAAAUCGCAACAUUAACCGAAAAACUAAAAGGAUUAGAGAAACAUGAGAAAGAACAAAAAAUUUGUAAGACUGAAAAGAAUAAUCUUGAACAGAAGUAUUCAAGUCUUUUAGAAGAAUUCAACAAUUAUAAGAGCAUUUAUCCAAAUACAGAAUCAGACUCCGAAGAUGUACCCAAAUCAGCAUUAGAUACCAUGAAGAAAAAAUACACAGAACUUCAGACGCAACUGUCAUUAGUUCAGAAAGAACUAACAGAUGCUAAAGCAAAAUCCUUAAAACUGGAUGAGGUGCUCAAAAAUAAUGUUGAGAAGCAUCAUCAGGAAAAGGUUGAAAUGGAAAGUAAACUUGCUUCGAUUCAUAAAGAACUAUUAGAAGCCAAAUUACUAACUAAGAGUAUGAAAACAGCAACAUUUGAAGACCAACAAAUAAAACAGACAGAAAAAGCAGCCCUACAAUCCCAAAUACAAUCCUUAAAAUCCCAAUUAUAUGAAUCAUUGGUCAAAACUAAUAUAUCGCAGGAUACAAAUGAGGAUACCGACACACUCAAAAAAGAAAAUGAUAGACUCUUAAAACAAAUAGAAAUAGAAAAAGAAAAGCUCAAUGAGUUAGAAGUGGAAAACGCUUUGAUUAAAUCUCAGAUUCAAAAUUUGAAUAAGCAAUUAUUGAAUAUCAAUCUUCCGCAGACAAACAUACAAACAAAAGAAAUUAAAGAUUGCAGAGAUGAACUCGCACAAUGUAAAGCGAAAAAUCAAGAAUUGCAGACAACUAAUAACAAUCUUACGAAACAACUGAAAGAAUCUCAAGUCACAAAAGAUUCUGUGAUGAAUGGGAAUAAACCACAUCAUGAGGAAAAUGCACUGGAAGCAGAACUUAAAAAUACUCUGGCGGAAUUAAAGGCAAUAAAAGACCAAAAAAUGGAUGUGACGAUUUCAAACUUGCGUGACGAUAAGUUAAAAUUGAUAACGAAAUUGAAUGUGAUGGAGAAUGAAAUGAAAAAUAAAGAGACUCAAUUAUUGAAAACCCAGAAUGAUUAUAAUAAAAUGCUUGUUCUAGAAAAAAAUACUUCAAUGCUUCAAACUCAGUUUAAUACAGCAAAGAAUGAACUGAAAGAAAUAAAAGCUAUAAAAUUAAAUGAAUUCUUAUCAAAGUUGAAGGAAGAAGGAACCAAUCUGACAAAAUUAAUAUCAGCACUGACACCAGUUUCAGAAAAAUUAGAUACACAAAUACAUAAAACCGAAAUAGAGAGUUUCAAAGAUGAGAAGAUGGGACACAAAAAAUCCAAUGCAUUUCCACAAAGAUUUCAAGAUGGAACCAAACAGAAUGUACAGACAUCUUCCAGUCAUCAAGAAGGAGAUGGAGAACAAAUCCAUCUGAAUAUAAAACCAGGUGAAUCUGAACCAGUAAAUAAAUUCCAAGUUGAAAAACCGAUACAAAGUAGUGAACAUGAAAACUUCGAUAAUUUAGAGAAAUAUCAGAAGAAACAUCCGAUAGAGCGAAGGAUAGAGUCUUUGAGAAGACAAUUCGAAAAAGAAAUGAGAGAUUCAGACAACGUACUUCAUAAUGAAAGAGAAUCAUUGUCCAAGAAAUUGGACGUUUUAAUGAAUCAACUCCGAGAGGAGAAACACAAACUUCUGGAGUCCAAUGAGAAGCAAUCUGAAUUGAAAGGUGAAAUAAAUCGGUUGAAAGAGGAAAAUAAGAGUCUGAAGGAACUCAAAGAAAAAUUGAAUGAACAAAUCAAAACAAGUCAGAAGAUAUGUGUGGAAACUCUAUAUCUUAUCCUUACUAUUUUAAGGACUUUGAAAACUUCAGGUAAAUUGUCAUGUUCUGUAGAAGCACUCAUUAUUUCCAACUUCAAUACCUUGAAGCAACAAAAUCUUUGGAGUCUUGAGAAUGAGGAUAUUUGUAACCGAAGCGAUAUUGAGCAAGUCAUAAGAGACAUAUCAAUAGAAAACCUGCAAAACAAAUUGGUGCAGCUUGGAACUCAUUAUGAGGAAAGUAUCGACAUCAUUAAAAAAAAUUACGCACUUCAAAAUAAUGAGAAUUCAAAUCUAAGAACUGCGAAUAAGGAACUUCUUGUUGUCGUCGAGAAUGAGAUAAAAAUGAAUAAGCUGUACAAAGAAAUGCUGAAAAUUGCGAACUCCAGGUUGGGAGAUUUCAGAAAGCAAUUGACUGAAUUAGGUAAUCAGUUCAUGGAUGAGAAAGUGAAGAGAUAUGAAUGUGAAGAAACGAGUAGAACAUUAAAAUUAUCUAGUGAUGGGAAUGAAUUGCUUUUGAAUGAUCUCAAGCAGAAACUGCUGAAGCAUUCAAUUCAGUUAUCUGAAAUUGAAAAGAUCAAACCUCCACUAAAUUCCUCUGAAGAUCCGAACCUGAAAAACGAUUCCUCCAGUAUUGAAUCAUCCGCUGAGAUUAGUAUUGAAAAACAUUCAGAUGAUUCGAAAGAUUUGAAGACAAAUAUCGAAAAUUCAGUGCCUGUCAGAAUAGAAUCCCAGGAGACUACAACAUACUCAGUAGUGAAUCCAAUAGAAAAUCUUGAAAGAAUCGAAGAGGGAACGAGAGAGAACGAAGAAGAAAGUCAAACUUCUCCAACACAAGAAACGUCCAUCUUAGAGGAUCCAAAAUCACCGAACGGAAGUGAUGACUUCAACACAAUGGCGCCAGUAGGCAUGGAAUCAAGCUCUAUCUAUCCUGAAAUGGGUAGUCAACCAUAAAGUAUAAAACAAACCACAUAAGGUCAGAUUGUGAAAAAAGCGCACAAUAUGAACUGAGUGAUAUCUAUUUAGAUGUGGAAAAUUUGUAUGUAUAUGCUUGAGUAUUAUGCUGUAUAUUUCUCACAACCAAACCCAAAUAUAUAUUUCAUGAAGUAUUAAACAUUAU